AUGUCACCACGCCUCCCUGGUUCGGGGGCCCUUUUGGAGUUACACGCCCUAGAUAUAAUCGAGUCCCCCUUCCUACUCAACGGGCCCACCGUCAGGGGGCUCGACCCUGUUCAACGCUUUUGGGUCUAUAGGCGUCCUGACAGAUCAUUGAUUGGUUGAUUGAUUAUUUGCAAGUGCUGGUGUUGUGGCAUGCUAUGGAGUUGCCGCUCUGUAUCCCUCCACACCAGGUGUUGGCAAGUCAAUAGAUAGGUGUGUCUUUAUUCUUCGCAUCGACCGCGCUACCCGGUGACCAAUGAAAAUACGUUAGUGCCAGUGUGAAAUAUCAAGGUCCCUGGAACGGCCGAAAUGACAAAAAACUACACGGCUCUAAAUGCAAAUACCACCAUGAAUCUCUCCCCAUAUCCUUUCACAGAGACACACAUCAAUAGCUCCACAUGCAUGCCCUCGCCCGAAUCUAGGAAGCUUCUAUAAGCAAAGACAGGAGGACAGCGAAAAGGGGCACUUCAAGCCCAACCAGGCCAGGAUAUCGUGGGCUCACAUUGGGGAAACAGAGAAUUACAAGAACUAGCUAUGGGUCCACAAGCCAUCUCACUGAUCAUUUUCACUGAUCAUUUGAAGAUACUAAAUAUGGAGUAAUUUAUGUGACUUGACGACUGAUCUUUUCGAGGUCUACAAGCCUAACCUGCGCUACUGGCCGCACCGCGACCACGCAUCAACCCUUCUAUGAUCCUGUAUGUGUCCACCGCCCUGUCGCGGGCAGCCCUCAUGGCCUACGUGUGGAGAUAGCUGUUGUGUCUACAGAAGUACACUCGUCUCUUUCUGCCGUACUUCUGUCUCUCCCCGCACUCUCUCCUCCCCCCUUUUUUUUUACCGCAAAAAAAAGAAGAGCUUGUAGACCCAAAGGGGUCAUCAAACCCUAUUCUAUAGGCUCGCAGACGCUUCGGGUCCAUUUUUUUUCGUGUACCUUUUUUUGAUUAAGUGCGAACGUGUACCAAUUCAGGUAAAAGUCAAUCGACGGAUACCCUGCGAUUAUGCGAAGAAGGUGUACCGAUUCAGAAUUUACCCUCAACUGGGAACCUCUUGUGGCCAGGAUGGGUAAUUCGAUGGAAGUCACAAGGUUCUAUGUAGGAUCGACUCCAAGAGGUGUUCUCAGGACUGACACACAUUGUGUCCAUGGGAAAAUAUCCAAGUCAGGAGAACAAGUGUGCACCCAAGGAGAUUCGAACCAUAUCCUGCCGCUGACGCCAUAUACGAAGGUGUACCGAUU